AUGGAUUACCUCGGAGACAAGCUGACGGUGGCCCAGACGCACAUGAACCACUGGGUGGGCUCGGUGCGGAGAUCCCUGCAGGAGGCCCUGAAUUUGGUCACCACGGCAGUUGCCCACGAACGGACCACUGGGGAGGGGGCGAGCAGAGCCCCCUUCAAGCGCACCUCCUCGUUCAGGCAGUUCGCGUCCCGGAGCAGAGAGUCCUUCCGGAGGUUUUCAGUGCGGAGUCAGCAGAGGCUUUCUUCGCUGCGGAAGAGGCAAGCCAGCUCGGAGCAGGAGCAGCCUGACCUCGAUCAGCUGAAGCAGUGUUUCGGCAGGCCUGCUGCUGAGGCCAAGGACACGGAUACGCUGGUGCGGGAGGCAGACAGCCAGUAUGGCACCUGGAGUGAGCAGCGGCCCAGUGGGGACAGCUUGGUGCCGGAAUCGUCUUCCCCGGAGAGCAACGUGGCCUCCGCCCGGAAACAACCCCCCAGCAGUCGGCUGUCGUCGUUCUCCUCCCAAACCGACCCGGCUUCCACGACUGACCCGAACGACUCCUCCAGGGACCAAAGGAGCGCCAGUCUGGACCGUUCCAGCACGGACGUGGACUCCGCUGACGGCGCUGAGGGCCCAGCACUGGCAGAAGCCUGCCCGGACUUCUCCUUCCUGGAGCAAACGGCGGUGCUGGACUCCAGCAUCCUGAAGACUCGAGUUCAGCUUAGCAAAAGGCGGCGCCAACACCGCACUCCCAUCUCCCACGUGCUCAGGAGGAGCAGCGGGGGAGAAGCUAUACAGCAGCUCUCCGGGAUGGAGGAGGCGGGCGGCAGCUGGAUGUCCAAGGAUUCCACAGAGGAAAAGUCAGCGAAACCUGAAGACUCUGAUGCGGAGGGGAAGCUGCCCCCGCCGUCGGAGCGGCCGCCUGUCUCCCAGCCACAGCGGCUGCCUGUGUUCCCUGGGCUGGACCACUCGGCCCUCAAGGCUCAGCUCAGGAGAAGACAAGAACCAGAGGGAAUGGGGGAAGUCAGCCCUGUGCAGUUGUCUAGGUCUCCGAAAUCUAUGUUCCCGGCUGGAAGCCCUGGGGUCAGAGUGCUGCCCGCGGGCACAGAGAAAGAAGAGAGACCGGAGGAGGCGCCUCCCUCCCCGCAGUGGCUGAAGGAGCUGAAGUCCAAGAAGAGGCAGAGCCAGUACGAGAACCAGGUGUGA